UCGCCGCUGGAGACAGUGUGGCCGCGGCACUGGUCGAGGGAGGCGGAGGGUGGCUUGUGGUCCUCAGAAAUAAACGCUUCGUUCCUGUACUGUAUUACACCUGCCUUCAUUAAUAAUGUCACAUCAUUAACCUGCCUCAAGUAUUCUUAAUAAACAACAACGUAACGGAGGUGAAAUCACUUAUUCAAGAUGGCAGAAGGAAUGCUCUCUUUGUCUUGGAACAAUCAUAGUUCAACAUUCUGCCAUAUGCUGUCUGCACUACGAGAGGUGGAAAGGUACACUGAUGUGACUGUAGCCUGUGAAGGCAAAUUCUACCCUGUACACAAGCUAGUACUAUCAACCUGUAGUGAUUACUUUCUAAAAAUGUUUGAAUGUACUCCAUGCAAACAUCCUGUCAUCGUACUGAAGGAUGUUCAGAGUAAAGACAUGGAGGCUCUCCUAAGCUACAUGUAUGCUGGCAUAGUAAGUGUGGCACAGUCUGAUCUAGCACAAUUGAUCAAAGCUGCAGAACUUCUUCAAAUCAAAGGCUUAGCUGUACCUGAUGAACCUCCUGUCAGCAACAGAAGAGGGCGUAACACAGCAGAUGAUAGUGAUAGUCCACAUCCAAAGAGACAUAAACGACAAGACCAGAAUCUAGGAGAACACCAGAGUGGUGAUUUAUCCUCUCCACGCUCUCCGGUAUAUGAUGAUGACUUGCAAGAAGACAAAACAGACAUUCCCGGAGAGUCACCGACAAUGACUUUCAAAUCAUACCAUGGAGAGGAACUUGCAGAUAGAGAAACCAGCCAAUCAAACUCAAGGAAGGACCAUAGAACUGCACAUCAGACAGACAAUAAAGUGGAAGAUGAAGCAUCUUUACAUGAGCGUCACUUAUCACAGGUUGUGACUAUGGUAGAUGACACACUGAUUAAAGAAGAAAUGGUCGAGGAAGGGAAUGAUAGUGGGAUGACAGACACAGUAUUUGACUACAGUAACCUGGAGGCUGACAUGGGUUUGGAUGAUCAUGAAGCAGGAGAGAACCAGUCAGGUCUUAUGGUACCUGGCAGAUAUGAUCAUCAGCGCCACGAUCAGUCUUUUCUCCGCCAGUUCCAUCAGUCUGAGAGUAGUUCAGAUGCUCGACCAGGACCCUCGCUGCUUCAUGGGUGGCAGAACCCGGGUGAUAUUGGUGAAAGUUCAGGAGGCCAGGGAUACACCCAGGAGGCACCUCUGCCUGGCCACAUGGACUCACACUCUCUCUACCCUUUGAUCAGCCUGACCACUGGUGGUCAGAGUACCAGCGGAGGAGGAGCCCUAGAAGUUGGGAAGAGCCAAUCUACUAUCUACGAUUUGCACAAGAAUCCCUUCUAUUCUUACUCCAAUCCCGAGAAAGAUAUUUUGAUACGAGGCAGUUACACUUUCAUGGGGAAGAAAAAAAACAAAAAGCCAUAUUCAUGUGCACAGUGUCCAUAUGCUACUGCUUCAAAGAGUAAUCUCGUCAUUCACCUUCGUACUCACACUGGGGAAAGACCAUAUUCCUGUCCUCAGUGUUCAUUUACUGCUUCCUUUGAAUACAAUCUAAAGGUUCAUAUGCGAACCCACACAGGAGAGAAACCAUACACAUGUCCAAAUUGUCCUCUAAAAUUUUCUCAGAAAGCUCACCUUAAAAAUCAUAUUUUUACCCAUACUGGGGAAAAGCCAUUUUCCUGCCAGAUGUGCACAGCUAGAUUCAGCCGAAGGAGCAAUCUGAGGAGACAUAUUAGGACACACGAGUAAACUCUUCUGUGUAGCAUAGGAUGAUGUAGCUUGUGAUAGAAGCAUGUAACUAAUACAGGAGUCAUAAUGCAUGAAUGCUGUACAGUAUUUUCAUUCCAUUUUUAGAUUUUCGUGGCAUGCUGAAGAGCCUGUGCCUGUUAAUUACAUAUAGUUGUGUGAAUAUUAUGCUGGACUUUCUUUGGUUAUCUAGUGAAAAAUCUUAAGUGGAACUACUGUAUUUCUAAUGCCUCAGCAUAAUUAUAUGUAAUAUAUGCUUUAUUAAUGGCUGUAGACCUUAGUAUUCAUUCGAAGAAUACUGAAGAACCACAGUGUAGUAUAAUAUAUUCUUUACAAUUCUUGUACAGUUUUGGUCACUAUUGACCAAUUAACUAAGAUCUGUCUUUUUUUUUAUAGUAUCCACUAUAGUGUGAAGAAACUGAUUGGUUUCUGGUUGCUGAGUCACAACCUCACAUCAACAAAUUUAAAGCCAUCUUUUUCUGGUUAGGGUUUGGUCAAAUAUAUUCGUGUGAAAAUAUAGACUUUAACCUGAAAAAUUCCACGAUUGUACGUAUAUUAAUACUUAGUAUCCAGCAAUACUGUACGUACAGUAUAUGGGAGCUGAGAUAAACAUGAGCACAGCUUAGUCAAUAGGUCAAUUAAUAAAAAGUUUAUGAAUGAACAUAUGCAUUAUUUAACUUUUGAGCGCAUUGAUAAACUUUGAACCAAAAGGUUGAGGCUACAGAGGUUCUCUUCAAUAGCUCCAUUGCUUCCGAUUUAUCUAACUUGGUAAUUUGGAUUCCAGUAUCUGCCAUGUCACAAGUUUAUAUCGGUGAUAUGUUUUACUUAUUUGAGUAUACUUAACUAAGUCUCAGGGCAAUAUUAUGGACUUACACCAUGAGGGGUAAAAAUCAGAUAAGUUUUUGUAAGUGAGAAGUACUGUACUCAUGUUCAUGUUGUUUGAUUUUUAAUAAACAUUAAAAUACA